GCGCGUGUUCGCGUUAGUACUUAGUGCGAUUGUACUCGCUCGGCCACCGUACUGCAAACACGUGUGAAGCUGUUCUGUUCCUCUGUUGGACGUUUGUAAGUUACUGCUUAAAUACACUGUAACGGCGUCGUUCAUUGGUUAGGUAAGUGUAAGACUGGUUAAAACAUCUGUUAUCAUGAGUGACAGCGACGAUGAUGUGCCUCAACUCUCCGCCGCGACUCUCGCAGCGCUGCAAGAGUUUUACGCCGAGAGUGGAAGGACGGGACUGGAACAAAACUCCAAGACCGACAAGUUCUGCGUUGGUGCUGUAGAGGAAGACUGGCGCAUGAGUCAGUUCUGGUACAGUGAAGACACGGCUAUACGGUUAGCAGAGGAAGUCAUGCAGCAGGCUGGAGAACAUGGGAGGGUAGCUUGUAUAAGUGCACCAAGUGUGUAUCAGAAGCUGAAACAGUUGGAAUCCACAAGGUCAGACAGUGUGUCUGCUGUUUUGCUGGAGUUUGACCGACGUUUCGCAGCAUAUGGAGAUGAGUUUGUCUUUUAUGAUUACAACAACCCUCUGUGCCUGCCUGAGGGUCUGCUUCCUCAGAGCUUUGACAUUGUCAUCACAGACCCUCCGUAUCUGUCUGAAGAGUGUCUCAGCAAGGUGCUCCUCACCAUUAAAUACCUCACUAAGGGUAAAAUCCUGCUCUGCACAGGAGCUAUUAUGGAGGAGCUUGCUGGGAAACUUGCGGAUUUGAAGAUAUGCAGUUUUUUACCAAAACACAAUCACAAUCUGGCCAAUGAGUUCCGCUGCUAUGUUAACUAUGAAUCAAGCCUUCUCUCAUGAAAAAGGCUUUCAAUCUGACAACAUUUGAACAUUGUUUUUUCCUAUUAAACAUCAGCAGAUGAUUAUUUGGAACAAUAAAUACUCUCACUCCAAGAGGUGCAUAGCAGGAUCCAGAUAUUACAGCGGAGGAUUUGGCCCUUCAUCAGAGAUCUGCGAUCAGUCUUUGAUUAUACUUUGG